AGGGGUGGAUUUCAGUGGCCAAGAGUGCAGUGCGAUGGUAGGGCGAGGGGGCUGUCUGGAGCGGGGUGUAGAUGACCAGUCAGGACAUAUACACCGCUAUCAAGUAACAGGAUACACUUUGUAUAGAGAAAGAGGGAAAGGCAACGCUCUUCCCUGAUAGAGCUAUAGUAGAGGCUCAACACACACAACACACCAUGUACCUGAACGUGAACCUAACACGCCACCUCCGGCUGCAGGCGAGGGCUCCUGUACCACACCUAAGACGCCGGAGAUCCUCAACUCCCUCAUCAACCUGACUAGUCCACCCCUGCCACUCUCCUACUCCCAGUAUCAGAGCCAGGUGGAUGGCGGGGCAAUACUGAGUCCCAUCAGCGACGUGAGCAGUGAAGAAUCAGCAGAGAUGAGCAUGUGUCGUGGCAGAGAGGACCGAUACAUGAAGAACCCGGGCGGCGGUGGGGGUGGUGGAGGUGGCCUGGUGGGCGGGUCCCCCGGCACCUCAGGUAGGGCGGCCCCUGGCUGGGGCAUCGCCCCCCUCCACCCCUGACCUGCCCUCACCUGUCAACACAGUAGAGGCCACUAAGACGGCACUCAUCAAGGAGGGCCUCAAGCUACAGAUCCGCACUAAACUACAAGCCGCCGGCGUCGAUGAUCCUGAGUCUCUCCUCGAAGACACUAAGUACAUAAAGGAUGAAACCGCUGAUCUGACAGAGGAGGACGAGGAGAGACGAAGGAGACGACGAGAGAGAAACAAGAUAGCAGCCACUAAGUGUAGGAAUAAAGAAAAGAGAAGACUUACGUACUCAUGAAUGAAUCGGAGUCGGUGGAAGAUAUGAACGUGAGACUCAAGACAGAGAUCCAGAGGCUGACAUCUGAAAAGAUGAACUUGGAGAAGCUGCUCGGCGACCCUAAACACCGUGCGUCUUGCCGCCAUACCCCACGCUGUUCUAAGGCCCUGAGGCCACCGCUCGUUAUUGUUACACCGGCAGACUCACCCGACACCACCUCUUGCUCUUCCUCCUCCCCAACUUCCUCUACCUCCUCCUCAUCCUCGGGCAGCCCCACCUCCCCGCCUUUGAUCAGCCCCAACAGCUACAAGGCCCUGCCCGAGACCACUAUCCAAUCCGUGCUACACACCCAAGUUUCCUCACCCAUGACGUCUCCACCAGGCACCAUCUCCUCGCAGUGUGCCACUUCCUGUGCCUCAUCGUCUUCAUCACAAUUCUUGGCACCAAAAUAUAGCCCAUCUCAGAAUAUGAGUCAAAGGCACCAUCCGUACCUAUUCCCAGGUCGCUCCCAGCAGUCGUCGGCUGCCAUGGGGGAGAAACAACACUAUGGAAAUCCACCCUCCCCCACUGGCCCCCACACCAAGCCUGCGUACAAUUACUCAUGCUUGGGAACGCCCAGGACACACGAAUUUAUUCCACCAAAUCCACCGUCACAAAAAUCAGUAUUUACGACGAAGUCACGCAAUGCCAGUUUAGUGCGGUAUAGUCCAUACAGUGGACGCUCCCCACCCAUACCGUCCCCACUGGCCACCCAUGCCCAUCCUCAGCCAGGGGCACUGCCCUGUGGGGACACCUACGUUCAGUCAAACAAUAACAAUGGGUGUGGGCGUGAGGAUCAACAGACCUUCGUGACAGACAUGCACACCAAUCAGUUUUUCCCGCCGUGCUCCUACAGCAGCAUGUGACCCACGGCUGGGGGUGUCUAACCCCAGCUCACUGACAAGUUUGGUUUUAGAGUCACAUGUUUCCCCACGUGAAUGACAUGCCGUUUGAGAUGGGCUCCUUGUAUAUGUUGUAAAUGAUCACAAUUUGAUUUGGUCGGCUGCUCCCCAGGAGGGUCGACCAUGCCACACAGUCUCUGGGACUGCUGCACAAGUUUGCUUUAAUUGUGGCCCGUCAUUUUUGGGUGAAGUUUACACAUGUUCGCUUGCCUUGUAUUUUUGCAAAUGGAUAAGUUUUGUUGUUGCAUGUUGUUAUAUCAUAUUAGACCUCGUAUUUGAUGACAUUGAACAUUUAGCCAAGAGGCAGGAUUGCGCCAUAACUGUUAAUAAUGUGUUAUUGUUGCCCUGUUCUUGCUAGUGCUGGGUUUAUUUGUGUGUUUGUGUGUGUGAGUGAGAGCUCCAGAGCCUGGUCACUUAGGAUUAGCACCUCUCAUAAGACAUAUCCGUUAUAUUUCCCAAGUGUCUUGUAAUACGUGAUCCAUACAUAUAUAUUUUUAUUAGCUUUAUUUUCAUAAGUGAAAUGUUGGCAAAUAUAACAUGAUGCUAAACGAUUUAGGUACAAAACUCCACAACAUUCCUCUCUCCCUGUAUCAUGGUGAAGGACAUAUUAGAGCAUGACCACACCAGGAUACCCUGUGGCCCCCAACCACCAGCAGGUCUGUAGUGCCACACAAUCUGGGCCACACUCCUGCUGUGCUGGCCAUGCUCACAUAGCAGCUGCACUCACCUCCCACCACCAGCCUGUGAUGUGCAGUACUGUGCUGCUACUCAGCAUCAGUAUUCCACCAGCUGCUACCUGAUUUUGGACUAGUGUGACCUCAUUAUCAAGGUUGCACAGUAUUGUAGACUGUAUCCCAUUGCAGACAAUGUUCGUGCCAUGUCUGUGUGUAUCGCACCCUUCGUGUUUGUGAAGGUGUUUGUAUACUGUAUCCCCCUCCCCUUGUGUAUCGCCAGUUACUAGGCGUCGGCCGCUGGUGUCCCAGGCGGAGAGCUUGGGAAGGCCUGGUGCCCGUCCGACGUCAUUAGUAAUUGUCAGGUGAAGGGCUGCCGAGGGCCAGGUGUCCUGGCUGCUCCCAUACCUGAGCUGCUCCCUACCCUUACCAGCCCCCAAGUUCCGAACAGCUGGCUGUUAGGGAAUCUAAUUGUCCUCUGUUGUGUGUCUUGCGUAGGCUUUAAGCUGCUCAGAUCCCUCUUGCUACAUGGUCGCAUUGUCUAAAAGACAUUGUUUCUCAACUAGUGACUGCAGGCAUCCUGCCAGCCUGAAUUAUACAUGAUUAUAGUCAUCUGGGUUUUUUACCGGACAAUAUAUAAUUUUUACGAGGUCUAGGACCAUACAGGUAUUUAGACUCAACAGUUGAGUUAUGCAUUGCCAAUAUUAUGAUCACAUCCUGAGGCUUAUACCGGUACCUACAACCAACUUCCUAUUGUGUCAUAGAUCUUGUUACCAACCUCUUCUUGCUGGAACCAACUUCCUUCCCUAUCCAUUGCAGCAAUCUUUUAAUCCUAACAGCAAACCCAGUCAAUUACUGCCAAGCAACUGGCUGUAAUGACCACCUUGCUCUCCCCAUAACCAUGGCCUCCUCCAGCACAGCAAAGGAGGAGGGGAGAGGAGAAAGAAUGGCAGAGGAAAUGGUGUCGGGCACAGUACAAGUGGUCUGCUGCCCUAGCCGUCACGACCCUACUGUCGCAGCUGUCUGCACUUGAUAUUUCCAAGCCGUCCGGCUCACCUGCAAUUAGCAGCUCAGAGCCAUGUUUACAAUCUCAUUAUAUCAAUCACCCAAAGGAAUGCCCAAGAAGUUAACUAGGAAUGGACGGCCGCGGUGGGUGAGGCAAAGCUCGUUAAAUAUAGGUCACUCACUCACACUUGGCAAUACUGCCGACGCUGCCCCACACUACCGCCACACUCGAUCACACGCAACUCGACGACUGUUUAUAACGAAUUUACGACGAAAACGACAUCGCUGAUCCGUUACCCCUCACCGCCGAGAGCACCAGCCACCGAUCAUGACGUGGUGGUGCCCAACGCCCUCCCCCCAGGAGCGGCGACAUUCCAGGUGUGAGGGGACCACGAGGUCAGGAUGACACUGACUCACACCAACUAUGUCUUCUACCUGCACAUUGUUGCAGGAAAAUUCACAAAUUGAGAUUUAUAUUAUGUACAUUAUUAUGCUGUUAAAAGCGCAAAUGGGAAUCUUUAUUACAUCGGCAUCAUUUAAGGUUGGUCAUGUAUAUUAAAAAGACAUUACCUAAGCAUAUACUAUCAACUGCUAAUGUGCUAUCAGAUAUUUUUAUAAAGCUGCUACAUUGAAGACAAAGCAGAAUAUUAAAUUUGCAUUAUUCUUA